AUGAUUGGAAGAUCCAAGAAGGAGGUGUUUUCGCUUGUGGUGGAGCGCAUUUGGAAGAAAGUCAAAGGUUGGAAGGAAUGUUUUCUCUCAAGAGCUAGAAAAGAAGUCCUCAUUAAAGUUGUAGCGCAGGCUAUUCCAUCUUUCAUUAUAAGCUGUUACAGAAUUCCAGUCGAAGUGUGCAAUGAUAUUGAGAGGAUUCUAGCUAGAUUUUGGUGGGGAGCGAAAGGAGGCUUUAGGGGGAUUGCGGAAUUUAAUUUGAGCCUCUUGGGAAAGCAGUUCUGGAGGCUUCAAAGAGAUGAAGGGUCCCUGCUUGGGAGAGUGUCGAAGAGUAUAUACUUCCCAAAUUGCAAUAUUCUUGAGGCUAAAGUGGGUUACACUCCAAGUUACGCUUGGAGAAGCGUAUUUGUUGCUAAGGAGUUGGUAACUGAAGGGUCUAGAUGGCAUAUUGGCGAUGGGUUGCAGGUUUACGUGUGCAAGGAAAAUUGGAUCCUGAAUAGCAGUGGUUUCAAAUGCCUCAGUGACCCAAAAGAUUCUGAUAUGGAGAUGACAUUUUAUGACCUUAUAAUACAUGAGAUAUGCUGCUGGAAUAGAGAUCUUGUGGAGAAAUUAUUCAGCCCGGGGGAAGCGAUUCAAAUCAUGAGCAUUCCAUUAUCGAUGAUCAGAUUGGGUGAUGAGAGGAUUUGGCAUGGUGAAGCAGAUGGAUACUAUUCAGUUAAAUCUGCUUAUAAAUUAAUUUCUAACAAGAAUGUUGCCAGUAAAAGUGGCAUGUCGAUUCAUGCUCACUCUAACUUUUGGAAGAAGCUUUGUUUUGCGAAAUUAGUUUGGUUUGCGUUGCCGAUGGGUAUAAGGGUUCCUGAAAAUCUAUCCUUAAUUGAUUGGGUGAAAUCUUUCUUGGAUUGUCCUAAACCAUCUUUGGUCCCGGUGGUUUGCACCACAUUAUGGAAAUUUUGGUAUGCUAGGAACUCUAAGGUCUUUGACAAUAAGUACCUGAUGCCUAAAAAUGUUGCGCAGAAGGCAAUCGAUCACUCAAGAGAGUACGCGAGUUCUGCGGGUUCGUUGGUGGAGAAAGCUUUGGCGUUGCGUUGGGGUCUUCAGCUUUCUAAGGAUCUUAGCUUUUCAAAAGUGGUGAUCCUUUCGGAUGUUCUAGCAGUAGUGGAUUGUGUUAAUUGUAUAAGAUCUGUUGCGGAUAUUAGUCUGAUUGUUGUUGAUUGUCGGAACAUUUUGAAUUCUUUUGCUAUUUUCUCUGUUGUUUUUAUUGGUAGAAUUAAAAACUUUGAAGCCCACUUUCUUGUGAAGAUUGGUAUAUGUACUGGUCCUAGAACAUGGUUGGGUCUAAUCCCACCCGAAAUUGUACCCAUUUUGUGUGUGUAA